UCGACGGCGGAUGACAGCGGCGGCUGAGCUCCGGAGGAUCACAGAAUACGCCGCCGGCGGGGAAAACAGAUGCGUUUGUGCCUCAGUGUGGCUAGCUAACGUCGGGGAGCUAGUUCAUAUGUUUCACUAUUUGAUAUCACUAUCUCGGGUUUGACGGGAGAUACCGGAAAAGUUUGCCGAACAGUUAUUCGUCGUGGUUCGUUAGCCAAAAGCUCAACCGGAGACCGGACGGGACCAGCCCUGGGAGCCGGCUAGUCACACCCUUGUCUGGGGGGAGAGGACCCGGUCUGCGCAGCAACCUUACGUCGCUGUGCGCCACGUGUGCGACGGUGUGUAAUUCAAGCGCACCCCAGACGGAGGGGCUAACGGCUCGUGGAUAUGACCGACUCAUCGGCAUGGUGCGGCCGGAGGAGAUAACCCCGAACUGUCUGUCAGCCGGGCAGCCUCGCGCCGAGUCCGGUACUCUGACGUCACACCGCGUCCCCCGGGAGCCAUGAACAGCCCGAUGUUCACGUUCGUCACGCGCGACGACAACAGCUCCGUUUACGCGGAAGUCUCCAAAAUCCUCCUCUCGACCGGCCAAUGGAAGCGGCUGAAGAGAGACAACCCUCGGUUCAACCUGAUGCUCGGCGAGCGCAACCGACUGCCCUUCGGUCGCCUGGGUCAUGAACCGGGACUGGUGCAGCUGGUGAACUACUACCGAGGAGCAGACAAGCUCUGCAGGAAGGCCUCCCUGGUGAAGCUCAUAAAGACCAGCCCCGAGCUGUCCGACUCCUGCAACUGGUUCCCAGAGUCCUACAUCAUCUACCCCACGAACCUCAAGACCCCCGUGGCCCCGGCUGCAAACGGCAUCGGCCACCUGAAGAGCCACCCCAAGACGGACGAGCGGGAAGUCUUCCUGGCCUCCUACCACUCGAAGAGGGAGAGCGGGGAGGGCACCGUGUGGAUCGCCAAGUCUUCAGCCGGAGCUAAAGGUGCUGGGAUCUUGAUAUCCCACAGCGCCACUCAGCUGCUGGAGUACAUCGAUAACCAGGGGCAGGUGCACGUCAUCCAGAAGUACCUGGAGAAGCCGCUGCUGCUGCAGCCGGGGCAGCGCAAGUUUGACAUCAGGAGCUGGGUGCUCGUGGACCAUCAGUACAACAUCUACUUGUACCGGGAGGGCGUUCUGCGGACGUCCUCCGAGCCCUACGACAGCUCCGACCUGCAGGACAUGACCAGCCACCUGACCAACCACUGCAUCCAGAAGGAGCACUCGCACAACUACGGCCGCUACGAGGACGGCAACGAGAUGUUCUUCGACGAGUUCCGGCUGUACCUGCUGAACACUCACAACGUCACGCUGGAGGCCUCCGUGCUGCCGCAGAUCAAGCACAUCAUAAAGAGCUGUCUGUCCUGCAUUGAGUCCACGAUCAGCACCAAGCACCUGUCCUACCAGAGCUUCCAACUCUUCGGCUUCGACUUCAUGGUGGACGAGAGCUUCAAAGUCUGGCUGAUCGAGAUCAACGGAGCUCCGGCCUGCGCUCAGAAGCUGUACCCGGAGCUGUGCCAAGGCAUCGUGGACGUGGCCGUCUCCAGCGUGUUCACCCUGAGCGGCGACUCCUCCUCCUCCUCGUCUUCCUCUUACUCUUCCUCCCCGUCCUCCAGCUCCAGCUUCAGCACCACCACCAGCUCCUCCUGCUCCUCCCCCAAGCUGAGGGGGCCUCUCAACGUGGGCCCCUUCACUCGGCUGUAAGCGCCUUCUCCGUCCCGCUCGGCCCUCGGUCCUGACCCGAGGGGUCCGGAGCCGGGGAGCGAGUCCUUCUUCCCGCAGGCCGUCGCCGAGCCUCAGAACGGACCUCCUGGUCCCGAAGGUCCCCGACGAGGAGAACCCCGACCCGAGGACAGAGUCCACCGCCGACUGUAGUGCCUUACAUGUGCGGCCUCGCUCCCCGGGACUCGUCCCUUCAGCCUUUGCACUGCUGCCGGUCCCUGAGGUCGCGACCCGUCCACAGGAGUCACCUCGGAACCAAACACUCGGCUUCUGAGAGCAUCCUGAAUGUUUGUAAUUCUGAAAGCUGUUUUUCUCAUCGGAUAUGAUUUUAUUAUUAUUCUUUUAUUGUUGUUGUUUUUUAUUGCAGCUUGUCUGCAGCCAUCUGUUACCCGGAGUUUCAUUUAGUGAAGUCAACAGUUUAAAACCUAAAAAGACUCAAACACAAACCUGACUGGAGGUUUUCCUUGAGAUCAACGUUCCUCUGACGCAUUGAGACAAUCAUGUCCUACCACGUGUCCCUGACCUCUGACCUCUCCCGGCAGAGGGUACCACGCGUCCCUGACCUCUGACCUCUCCCGGCAGAGGGUACCACGCGUCCCUGACCUCUGACCUCUCCCGGCAGAGGGUACCACUCGUCCCUGACCUCUGACCUCUCCCUGCAGAGAACUCCUCACAAAGUCCUCCAGCUGAUGGUGUGUUCAGGUUGUGCUUGUCAUGUGAAGCAUGUGCUUGUGAAAGCAUGCAGUAGGAUCCUCAUUUAAGCCCCUCCCCCCAACAUGUGACCUCCUGUAAGAAGAGCUGCCCCCCCCAUGUCUGUCUCACUUCUGCCGUCUGAACAAGAGGAUUAGAGUCCAUAAAUCUGGAUUAUUAAUCUGAACCGUCGUGAUGAAGGUUGAGAAGACGCCGAACUGACGGAGGAGUGACGAGCCCCACCAAAGAGAAGAGGCUCUUCAUCGCUCUUCUUCACGCACUGUUGGAUUCUCAUUCAGUUGAAAUGCUUCACGCCACUUGUCCUUUGAUGUCUUUGUAAAUAGAGACAUGGGACCUGGAUGUUGGACGGCUGAGCGUUGAACUCCAGCUCGUUCAGAACGAAAUCAUCGUUGUGAAGUUGUGAGGAAGAACCUCCUCUUCCUCCCCUCGUGACGACGUGGGAGUGAAGAACACCCAGCGGCGCGCUGCAGGUUUUAAACGUGGUGUGUUCUGGUAGAUAAAGGAAGUGACGGAGUUAUAGAGCAGUAUAUAUAUAUUUAUAUAUAUAUAUUAAUACUUUUAUAAUAUAUGUUUAUAUAUAAAUAUUUAUAGUCAUGUAUAUGUGUAUAUGUAUGUAUAUAAAUAUUUAUAGUUAUAUAUAUGUAUAUAAAUAAAUAUUUAUAGUUAUAUGUAUAUAAAUCUAUUUAUAUAUAUGAAUAUUUAUAUAUGAAUUAGGGCUGGGCAACGAUUUUUUUUUUUUAAUCGCGAUUAAUCGCAUGAUUUCCCUGAUUAAUCACGAUUAAUCGCAUUUGUAUACGCAAAAUCCAAUAAUUAAUUCAAAAGUAGUGUAUAGCGCACUUCUAUUUUAAAUGUUCUGCCAUAUGAACUAAAGUGCCAUAAAAUCUGUCAGGACAUUGUCCAACGCAGUGAUGCAGAGACACUGAGUGAUGUCCAGUCGUCCCCAUGAGAGCAACAGGGUGCACGUUGUAAAGCUGUCCUCUCCUUUUCAUAUAACUGGUGUAUUCUCCGUGUGACGUGUGUCUUGAGGGCGUCUCAUACCUGCCGUCAUUUGUUGAGAUUCUCAAAAUGUUUCUCAGACCGACGUCUUCCACAAUCCUAACCGGCCUGCAGUAGCUCUCCACUUCGCUGUGGCGUUGGUUCUCUUCUCUUGGUUGAUCUCCUCCCUGCAGUCUGUAGCUCUCCACUUCGCUGAGGCGUUGGUUCUCUUCUCUUGGUUGAUCUCCCUGCAGCGUCGUCUGCCGAAGCCUCGCUCCACUGUGUGUUUGUUGUAUGAUUUGCUGGCAUCAACGAUGUGUUUAGCAUUUAAAUGAUAUUUAAGACUGGAAGUCCUCCGGUGAUAAGACGAUUCAUUCAAGAUUCAAGAUUCAAGAUGUUUUAUUUGUCACAUACACACACAGGGUGUGCAGUGAAAUGAAAGUGGCAAUGCUCAGCAGGAAUGUGCAAGGGCAACAAGUACACACUAUUUACAAAUAAAAAACAACACAAUAUUUACAGUAA